AUGGGCACAGGCCUCCACACAGCUGGCACCCCUGAUGAGCCAACUAUUGAUCCUUCACGGAUACAAUACGAUCCCGGAGAGAACUUCAACGGACUACUCCUGGCAGAGAAUGUCGAAUCUCUCCAGGCCAAUGAAUUUUGCCUGCCAGAGUCAAUUCGCGUCUCGCCUCUCGAGGCUCUUGAUAUUGCGGGCGUGGCUGCUGUUGAUUCGCGUAAUGCGCCAGCCCAUACGUACCCUCAUAUAAUCGCUCCCGGCUACUGUCGGAAAGUGCAGCAAGCUGAGCUGAUUGAACGGAUAAGAUCGACCUUAGGUCGGUGGGAGCACCCCGAGCGCGGCUACGGCUACUUCCAGUGCAAAAUUUGCCUGACAGCCUGUUCUACAAAGAGCAACCUUAAGCGUCAUUUUCUUAAAUCCGAGAAGUGCAUCGAGAGAUGGGAGAGCAUGGAUAUAGCUACACAGAUGUCAUUCGACCCUUUGGCUGGACGGGUUGAUACGCUGGGAUAA